AUGAUGGGCGAUGCUUCACUGCUGGCGAUCGGUCGGACGCAGCCUUUCCAACCAGAUACGAGAGUCCAGGAGCCUGCAGCCUCCGCAGCCCCCGAGCCGCGCCUGGCAGAGACAGCGGAGGACGUGCGAGGGCGCUGUUCCGUGCCGCUGCCAGGCAGCUUCAAGGCCUGGCUCCAGUCCAUGGAGGAUGCACAGUUCGUCCUGCCGUACCACGAUGCCCUAACAUCCCAGUUCGAUUCUUUGGAGCAAAUCUUGAGCCUCUUCGUCCGUGCGGGUGAGGUGGAUGAUCGCUUUUUCGAUGCCGUCGGCAUCCAGAAGCUGGGCCACCGCCGCAUCUUCCAGAAAUGGUUCCGCAGCCACUGCAAGUGA